UGUUUCAUUUUCUCUUUUCCAGUAGGUUUUUGCCUUGGCAUUUUAAUUUUGUCCAUGUUUUCUCAGUCACUGCCUGCCUCAGAGUUCAGUGAGCACUGUGAGGUAGGGGAGGCCCUGGGAGCCUCAUGGAUCUCCUGGCUUGGUGUGCAGCUUCCUCUGCCCCUGCUCAGGAGCAUGUAAAUGACAAAUUCUCAUUCACUUGUUCAUUCUGGGCUGGGAAAACCUAAUGGUUAUUCCAGUCCCGAGGCUGUUGCAGGAUGAGCUGAGCAGACCUGAAUGCUCAGACACGUGGUGCUCUGGAGGGUGCUGCCCGUGGUCAUGGUCACCAGGCUGUGAAUCAGGCACAGCUGGGAGCUGUGGUCCCAGACAGAGCAUUGUCAAACCUGAUACAUAAAUGACCUGCUGGCUAUUUUUCUCCCAGAGUUACAUGCUCUUAAGUAUGCGAUAAACCCUACUUGAGAAAACACAUCUCUAAACCUGUUUGUGUCUCUGCCUUGUGACCAUGGAUGUCUCUGAGAGCCUGCAGUGCUUUCUCUAGAUAUUUCUCAAGACAUUCUCUGACUGGGUUCCUAAAACAGAUGUUGUUGUCUAAAAUUAAGGGUAGAUAUAGACUUCCUCCACCCUUUGCAACUGUUUUGACAAGAGAUUGGCCAGCCCGGCUGAGACCACUCAGCGAUGACAAAACAAAAACUCCUGUUUGAUGGGACGCUCUCCUUUUUGCUGAUCGCAGCCUGUGAAGCUCAGCAGCUCCCGAGGAGUCAUGUUGCUGCCACUUCUGGUUCUGUGUGUGACAAGGAGGCAGAGUCUUGGGGACACCUGUUGAGCAGCGAGCGGCUGGAUGCUUGGAUCUGCUCCCUCAUCGGUUCCUUCAUGGUGGGGCUGAGUGGGGUCUUCCCCUUGCUGGUGAUCCCCCUUGAGACGGGAGCUGCGCUGCGCUCCGAAGCUGGGUCACAGCGUUUGAAGCAGUUGUUGAGUUUUGCAAUUGGUGGACUGCUGGGAAAUGUGUUUCUCCACCUGCUUCCUGAAGCCUGGGCCUACACAUGCAGUGCAACAACAGGAGAAGGGCAGAGCUUUCAGCAGCAGAAGCUUCUGGGUCUCUGGGUGAUCAUUGGUUUUCUGACCUUCCUGGUGCUAGAGAAGAUCUUCCUAGAGAAAGAGGAGGAGUAUCCUGGUGUGGACUGUGAUUCCAAAGCACCAUGUGGAAAGAUUCCCAAUGGAAGCGGCUGCCCCCUGCCCAAGGGGUCCUGUCAGUCCCAAAGAGCACGAGCUCAGUGUAAUGGCUCUUCUCUCCAGUCUGGUCCAAAAAACAACAGAAUCAAGAUUAGUGGAUACCUCAAUCUGCUGGCCAACACCAUUGAUAACUUCACACAUGGCCUGGCAGUAGCAGCCAGCUUCCUGGUUAGCAGAAAGGUUGGGUUCCUAACCACAAUGGCCAUUCUCCUGCAUGAAAUCCCACAUGAGGUUGGAGACUUCGCAAUCCUACUUCGGGCCGGCUUUGACCGCUGGAGUGCAGCCAAGAUGCAGCUUUCCACAGCUCUGGGGGGAAUUCUAGGAGCCUGCUUUGCAAUAUGUGCUCAGUCACCAAAAGGAGCAGGAGAAACAGUAGCCUGGAUCCUCCCUUUCACUUCUGGAGGAUUUCUGUACAUUGCCUUGGUAAAUGUUGUGCCUGAUCUCCUGGAGGAAAAGAAUCCUUGGAAUUCCCUGCAGCAAAUUCUGCUCCUGUGUACGGGCAUUACAGUCAUGGUGCUACUCGCGCUCACAACCGAGUGACCUCUGCGCAGACCUCAUGCUGCCUCCCAGAGCCACCACAGUGACUCUGAGCUUUACAAAGCAAUAAGGAACACUAAUGUUACUUCCCACGUGUGUGCGCGCAGAUCUGGCUGCUAGUAUGAGAAGCGGGUGACAGAGAGGUCUGGCUGUGCAAGACUUCAUUCCCUGGCUCUCCUAUCCCUCUUCUGCUAAAAUCCACACAUGAGGGCUUCUGUUCUUUUUUUUGUUUGGUUGGUUUUUAUGGAGCAAAAGAUACACUGGGCAGAAACGAACUGAAUGACUGCUCCACUGUGAGUGAAUGAUGUUUCAUUUGGUUCAUUCUGAUGGAACUGCACCUCCCAAGCUCUUGCGUGAAAACAGCAGAGGUGAUUCCUGUAGCUGAUGAAGAUAAAGGAUUUUUCUUACCACUUUAAGGGCUGGAGGCAGAACAGGCAUGACAAAGCUUUAGCCAGAACUCCCUACCCAUGAGAAGUUGAUGGUGCUAUGAGAUAGAGGGGAAGAGACCCUUUCCAACUUGAUCUCCAGCUGUUCAUUGACACCACUUGUUCCUAAAGAUAGUAUUGGCCUCAGCAGUCCAGCUCUUUUGGUCUAUUUUGUUUACAUGGAAAUUGAGCCAAAAGCUUGAGGCACUUGAGGGUAGGUCACUACAAUUAAAUGACUCAGCUUGGAGAUUACUUGCCUCAGCCCUAACCACUCCAGUAGCCAGCACAGCCCAGCUGUUUAUCAGAUAAAUGAUCAGUAAAUGUUUCUUCAAGUGCCAACUACCAGCUCGCUCCUGUCUGAAGGGAAAGCCAUGUAGCUGCUGUGACUGAGCUCCCUCUCCUCAUAACCAUUAGCUGAACAUGCUUGUGAGCCUGCUCACGAGACCUGAUUGAUGUACCAUCUGCCCCACACCAUCUCUCAGAGCUUUCUUGAGGUGUAGCAUGUUAGACCUGCCCAGCAGGCUGCAGUCCCCCUAGACUGUCAUGGCAGAGGUGCUUGAACGCUACAGCCUGGUCAGCAGCUGAUAACUCCUGGUUAGCUUUUCCUCUGUUCAGUGUACACUAUUUAGGAGCAUGCUGUAGAUGGCAGCCUAUUUCUGGGGUUUUUACCUCACAGUGGAGUUCAUCUGUUGAGGACGAAUGAAUAAGAAAUAAUACUGACAGCUUUUAGAUGGGAAGGUUGAAACUGCUGGUGAAAAUAUUUUUAAGUAAGGUGAGAAAGGGAUUUGAAAGGGUGACAAUAAGUAUGCUUUAAGAGGAGUUUUCUGUUAUGUGAUGCCUGGGAUAAAAUCUUUGGCAAUUUGAGACCCAUAAAAAUUAAUAAAAUUUCUAGUGCUUUCCUCCAUCCCAGCUCAUAAGGCUGACCAGGCCAUAAUUCCACAGGGGUGUUUUAAUGCCACAGAGAUGUGCCCAAUUACUAGAUCAUCCCUUCUGUAGAAUUCAGCUUUGCUUAAAUUUGUUUAAAAACAGGUCUAAUUGAACUAACAGAGUCACUGAACACAAAACAGGUGCCACAAUGUGAUUUACAGCAACUUGGCUCAGUCUUAUAACAGCUUUUGUGAAGCAGUACAGCUCUCCAGUCUGCCCAGGGCCUUACCAAGAGAACUUGUGCCUUGAGAGGGCAGUUAAGGUCAGAGCAGCAAGGCAGGUAUACUGCCCACAGCAGAGGCACUACUUCCUAAGAGAUUCCUGAACUGUUGACACAGUUCUUUUUAUGACAGCUCCUGUCCUACUUUUCAGUGAAUGCUGGAGAGCUCAUGCUUGCAGUUCUGUCUGCCCAGGAACUGCUGUCUGAAAUUUUUUCAGCUUUCCUUUCCCUGAACUUACAUUGGUAACUAGUUUCACUGCAGCAAGGAGGGAGUCUUAGUGCAAUUGUUUAUUCCUCUUUACAAAGUUGCCUUCCUGUGCCAGCUACUCCAUCAUUCAAUUGUCAUGAGGUCUGAAGGUAGCAUCCAUUUCCUGCUUUCCUGGAAGGAUGAUUAAUCCACUUAUCCUGCAGGGACUGGAGGAGUCUUCCAACCCUCUGGUUCUAACUUUGGGGGUUCCUUCUGCCCAGGGACUGCAGCUAAGCAGACCCUGUAACAGGGCUCUGGAGGAAGCAGGCUUGCACAGAAAGUUGUGCCUGCUGUUCCUCAAGAUGCCUUUCCCAAAAUAAGGCUGGCAUUUAAGUUGAGGCAUUGCCAGGUGAGUGCCCAUGAGUUGGCGUUGUUGCAUCAGCACUGAGCCUUGCCAAGACUGAAAACCACAGUCAGGAUUUUAUACUCAGCGUUCAGGAAUGUGAAGUGGAUGACACUGAACAAAGAAUUUCUGAGCUGUUUUUCUUGGCUGCUAUCACAGGCAUGGAUAGUCUGUGGUUCUUGGGAAGAUACCCUGGUAGGAGGUAGCAUGGGGUUGUGGGAGGGAGGGGUUCAGUAGAUUUCUACUGCGUCAGCCCUGGGGCUGAGGAUUGAGAGCCUUGGGAGGAAAUGGAGCAUCACUCCACCACAUUUGUCACUUUUGGAAAUGCAGAGAGAAUUGUAUUUUCUAGCUCUAUUUUUUCAGCUGCUCUUAUGCAUUUUCUCCCUUCAUCUGUAUUGGUCUGCUCUGCUUGGAGACAAUAGAGAUGAAAUAAAUGGU